AUGGGCUCGAGCACCGCGUCCGAGACCACGAUCAACACAAGCACCGACAGCGCCAACACGAUGCUCACCAUGGUGACGACGACGGACGGGGAGCAGCCGGACGACAGCUUCGAUCUAAUCGACGUGCCGGCCGAGAUGUCGCCUCCCCCUACGACUUCGUCGUCGCAGCCACCGUCGUCCGGCCACCUGGGACACAACGAUGACGCGGUCGUGAACAGCCGCACGUCCUCGCCGUCGGCGUCACCCACGUCGCCGAUUUCUGUCGCGGGCAAUCAAACCACGCCGCCGUUGCCGACCGCGUCGUCGCCGACGUCACCGUUGUGCGGAUUUGACGGCGCCGACACCGCCGCCGGACCGUCGUCCAGUCGACGAUCGAGACUCGACUCCGGUCAACCCGACGGUAAUCACAAAGCGACGACCUCAGCCAAUCAAGGACACAACGCGUCAACGAGCAGCAACGAGGUCGCGACGGCGCUUCCGCCGCCCACCCCGAUAGUUGGUUCGCAUCAGGAUUCGAGAUUCACGUUCGGCGGCAGCGGCAGAACCCCACCUCUUCCGGAUCUUCGAGCUGCGGAUUUCUUCAGCACACCCGUGAGGGGCUCGGUGGACGCGGGUCAGCCCGAUUCGAUCGACACGCGAUCGUCGAUUCGCAACCUGGUGUCCACCCAGGAAAAGCAGAACACCAGGGGGGGUUAUCAGAUCGAUUACACGACCGGCGGAAAGGUCAACUCGAGUCAGCCGAACGUGUUGGAGAAGAGCGAGCUGAAGCGAAGCCAGAAGAGGCCCAACAUCAAUGUGACGACCAAUCCGCUCGACAUAUCGCUCAUAGGAGCGACCCAACCGUGCAACAGUCAGGGGUGCAACGCCCAGAGCAGCGCGGGCGGAAGUGCCGGCGGCAGCGGCAAGCGAUCGACCCAGGCGACGAUCGUGGUGCAACAGCCGUCUCUGUCGUUGGACGCGCCCGCGGCCACGAUUUUGCUGCAUCCGGACGCCGACGCGAGACGUCGAGAAGAAAACAUGAGGCAGCUACUCGACGUCGCCAACACCCUUACUCUGCAGGAGAUACACGAUUUCGAGAUGAGAUACGGAAGUCCUCAUCACAGCCGCUCGCAAUCGGUGAAGGCCCCCGGCAGUCGCUCUUCUGGCCGACCGAAUUACCUGUGCCUUCCACAACAGAGAUCGCGGGUGGCGAGUAUGCCCAAUACCGGAGUAGAAGAGGAAUACUACAGACUGCGGCACUUCAGCAUUACCGGCAAGGGGGUGGUGAAUCGGGGCGAUUCCCUCAAGAGUCGCAGAUCGCGUUCCAACAACAGCGUAGCGUCCAGCAACUCGAGCACGGAGCAUCUGACCGCUUCGUAUCCGGGAUCGGCGCGGAAUUCAGCGGCGGGCUCGUUGGCGAGCUCGCGGGAGAGCAGCGCGUCCCAGGGCCCGGCGCCGUAUCGCGUCCUCAUGCUGGGCGCCCCCGCCGUCGGCAAGAGCUCGCUGGUGUCGCAAUUCAUGACUUCCGAGUACCUGCACGCCUACGACACUUCGAUCGACGACGAGUCCGGCGAGAAGACCGUCAGCGUGCUGUUGGCCGGCGAGGAAUCGGAAUUGACUUUUAUCGAUCACUCCUGCGCCGAGAUGACGCCGGAAAAUUGCAUCGCGACGUACGAGCCGCACGCGUACUGCGUCGUCUAUUCGACGACGGAUCGCCAGUCGGUGCGCGUCGCAGAAGAGGUUCUCCACUCGUUGUGGCGAAGCGAUCACGUGUCCGCGAGGGCGGUGAUCCUCGUAGGAAACAAGAUCGACCUUGUGCGCAGCCGAUUGGUAUCGACCGAAGAGGGCAAGUCCAUGGCAACGUCCUACGACUGCAAGUUCAUCGAGACAUCGGUCGGCAUCAAUCACAACGUUGACGAGCUGCUGGUCGGGCUGCUCACGCAGAUCCGUCUCAAACUGGAGAACCCGGAGAGGACCAGGGAAAUGUUCCGGAAACGUUCGCGCAAGAAUCGCAGCAAGUCGCCGCUGGGUUCGUGCUCGGAGAACAACUCGCCUAAGAAGUAUCGCGGCAGUCGGACCAGCACCAGCCUGAAGGUGCGCAAUCUGCUCGACAAGGUGUGGGCGCGCGACAGCAAGUCGAAGAGUUGCGAGAAUCUGCACGUGCUUUAAAGCGCCAGCUAUAUCCGGUAAUAUCGAUCAUCCUCACGGACCAGAAUGAUCUGGAACAACAACGAGCCGCGGCGGGGGCAACCCUCCAUUGAAACGUUUUGCCGCUCCGGAGCGGUCGUCGAAAGAACACCGGGGGGGUCAAUGAGGGUGAGCACUCGUCGAGAUGAAGAGAGGACCGAGAUAUCGACCGCGAUACUCUCGAUGCUUCUUCGCGGGAAUGAAGAAGAGGCACGUGCGUGUACUCCAGGCUUUGUAAAUGAGGUAGAGAGCGACCUUUCCAGCGGGCCGCGUUUUUCGACGUCGUUGGCGCGCUGUUAACUCUCUGCAAAGACGAGAUAAUCUCUCGUCCACGCUUCUCGUCGCGUAACGAAGCGUGUGGAAUUCAAUUAUCGAAAACGAUCCCGCCGAAUUUAUUUUUUCGCGUCGUUUUAAUCCCCGCCGCAAGUCCAGCGACAUUAAAAAUUUCAAAAAAAAAAAAAAAAAAAAAAAAAACCAAAUCCC